AUGUUUCGCCUGUUACCCUGGCCUGCGAUCGGAGGGAACAAGAUAGAGGAAGUCAUGCUGGCGCCCAACUGCUCGGCGGCGGCUGCAGCCGCAGCGGCUGUCAACACGAUGUCGUUGCCGCUGAAACGAAAGCGCUCUGGUUCCCCGGCCGAUGCGCCUGUCGCCCAGAAGUUGUGCACUGAGGUAAACGUUUACAAUGUUUCCCCCCAGCCAACUCCCUCUCCAUCUUGUUCACCCUCAGACUCGAUCGCAUCGCCUGCGCAAUCCACGAUGCCCACGACACCUACACGUCCUCCUGUGCCAGCUGCCGGUUCCACCGUGGAGGUGGAUCUCCUUCGCGAUAAUUUGACCGCGCAGUUGAGUCUUGAGGUCUUGCUGAAGCAUAACGAACUCCGUCUUAUCGACCAAGAAAUCGCCAAAUGUCAAGUCGCGCUCGAACAGUUGCGCCGUUGCAGAGAGAUCCCAUACCCAGGAUCUAAUGUUACGGGUAUUUCUCCCGAUGUCAGCUCUGGCACGGGCGCGUCAGUGUUGGUUCCUGGAAAUGGCCCAGCACCGAUGUCCCCGGCGUCGUGGGGUGUUACUGAUGGUCCAUACUCACGUCACUAUGCGCGAUGGCUUCUGCCGGACCCUCGAUUCGAUGGAGGAGAGAUGGAGUUUGCUCAGCCGGGCACACCGGGCUCCGGAUUCCCGUUGGUGGAGGGUCGCUCUACACGUGGAAACCCGAUGGAUUUUAGUGCCCUAGCUGGGAAGACGCGUCCGCAGCGAGGCGUAACUGGCUCGAGACUGCAGUCGCUACCGAGUGGCUACCCCAUCGUCAAGGAGAAGGCUGGUCCGAUGCUCAUUCGACGCAAGUCGGAUCAGCUGCUUGUCAAGUUGGUUUGUCUUGAUUGCAAACGCGAUAACUUUUCGAGUACUCAAGGUUUCAUCAAUCACUGUCGUAUCGCCCACAACCGGAACUUUGCGAGCCAUGAGGCUGCUGCUGUGGCAUCGGGUGAGCCUGUUGAGCUCGAUAGCUCUGGUGCCGUGAUUAGCACCCAUUCUGAAUCGACUGCCAGUGUCUCGACCCCGGGAUAUGUUCACCCGUUGAUUCGUGCUGAGCUGCCAACGACCUCGUCGGCCAUGAAUUCUCCCGUGAGGGAAUCAGCAUCUCCCAGCAAACCUUCGAUCAACUCGUCCCCAUCCGCCAUGUCGACUCCUCGGGGUAGCGUCUCUAGUAAACGCCGACGACUUGAUUCUGUCAAGGCCCCUAACCCGGACUUCACGGCCUCAGCGGCGACUCCUCAUCUCUCUGCUUUGACGAGGCAGCGUGGUUUGGGUUUGAAUCUGGAUAAAAUGGUAGAAGAUGCGACGACGCCUCUUGACUUGACCUUUCUUUCCGACGGUGAAUUCGACUUUGAUGGACCAACUCGUUCCGCCACCAAGACACCUCAGGAGUUUUUCGGGCAGCAAGGUCCUCGCGCGGCGCGACAGCCCAUGCGAAUGCCUACUGCCCAGGCUGCGAUGGAUCGAACUGAAAGUAGAAAGGUUCUUCAGUUGCCUGAAGAGAUGACCCCGACUCGGUCUCAAUCUCACCACUCGACUUCUUAUCUGCCUCACCUUUCCUCUCUACCUUCUGCUAGCCAGGCGUGUUCUCCUAUGAAUACACCUCACGAUGUCAUAGACCACCCGGCUCAUCUUAGCCCCAACACGAUAGAGUCGAACCAGGCUCCUAGUCUGGUUAGCGAUGAUGAAGAUGACUACGAAGCUGCCUCAGACUCCGACAGUCCCGACUCCUCGGAGGCUGGUGAUGAUGAAGAAGAGUUCCGACAUAUUGAAGUUCAGGAUGAUGAGCGUUCCACUGCCCCGUCUGCUCCUACCGAGUCUAAGCCCGGUCCUUCCUUGAAGACAUCCAUGCCUCAGACCACCCCGCCACUUCCCAAAUCCAUGAAGCAAGGCCGACCCAAUCACCUUCCGACAAUGCCUUCUUUCAACGAUCGCAGUCACGAUGAGCAACCAUUCAACCCCAUGCUCGAUCAUCUACCUCCGCUUUCUAAGCCUGCGAAGCACGGUCCGGUGAACUUCUACCACCCUUCUGAGGAUCCAUCUAAGAAAAAUCGGGAGAACGGUCGCAAGUGA